CUCAUAUCCUACCUAUUGGCGUCAACGCUCACACAAUGAGUACUGACCCUGACUACGACGUGGAUGCCGAGGAAGAAAUCUCUUUUGGCAUCGCACUUGCACCCAAAGGCGAAGAGGGGAGUGAGUUUCGCACUCAAAAUGAUCCAUUGGAUCUGUAUCAGCGCGAGAACAUCAUCGAACGCAAAGGCGCCGUGGACAUUCGCUGCUCCAGUGUCGACAUUAUUCACGGCCUAUUUGAUCCCGAUGGCGAUGAUUUGUGUACUCUAAUUGUUCUCGAAUUUCGAUUUGACCCGAGAAAGCGAGCGCGACGCAUCGCACAUGUCGAUAUCGAGCUGAGGUUCUCCGCUAGCGAGAAAGGCGUAGCCGACCCCCAGGUUUUUGCUAUCGCGCCCAACGGCAACUUGAGAUUUGCUCAGACGACACAGACAGAGACAACAACUACUGGAGGCGACGUGACCCUUGGCGCAGGCGCAGCUGGAGUGGAAUUAGGAAGCGGUCUGAAGUAUGAGCGUGAAAUUGCAAGAGAGAUGAGCUACGCAGCAUCCGUCACAGGGUCCAUCGAUUUGCGCGGGCGAAACUAUGGCAAGCCAAACUGCGCGUCUUGGACGCUGCUGGAAAACCCUGAGACAAAGACUGGUGUACCCGUCUCUAUGAGAACCGCCAUUCUGCUCAAGAGAAGGGACGAGGGACGUUUCCAGUGCGUGGUGACCGUCAACGCCAAAGCCGACUGGAGAACGUCGAUGGAAUGGCUUGUCGGCACCACGAAGCGUGAUGACCCGGUACUACUUGAUCCGACGCUGGCUCCAACAAGUGAUAGGUACAAGGACAUGGAGAUGAAGCUUGGGGAAAUAGAUCUAAACGCUGUCUGCGAUAUCACGUCGGCCAACGUGAUCGAGAACUCUACAAGUUACUCAGAGCUUGAUCAAAAGUGUACAUCUCAGGUCGAUUUUCCGGAGCUAUUGCCAGUUGUCGUUCAGCUCAUGCAGGUCGUGCCUGCCGAAGUCGCCAUGGAACAAGAGGAACGGUCGCUCAAUGCUACGGAGACAUCUAGCAAUACCAUGGAUAACGAGUCUCCAUCCGCUGACCUGGGUCUCUCGAUCGAUACAACCGAAGAAUAUGAGGCAAGCGAAAAAAAAUUCGAUAUUGUAGCAAUCCAUGGCCUCGUUGGCCGGAGAGGCAAGCCAUGGGACUCAAGCAAGACCAACACCUGGAUUCAGGGCUUGGCGGCGCAGAUGAACUGGGAAGUCCGCAUUAUUCAGUAUGCCUAUGAUGCCACAAAAAUAACAGAGGCUACAUAUCCCGAGGAGGCUAUUUCUUCUGAGGCCUCUACGCUUCUUCAAAAGCUUAGCGAGUUGAGGACAGACCAGCAAACGGCUUUGAUACUAGCCAGUCGAUAUGACAGUGUACAUACUGAUAUUAGCUACUCAACGAAACUUUUGAUGUUCUUCGGCUGUCCACACAGAACCCUGGAUACACAUCAAGACAUCGAGAUUCUUGCUACCAGGCUUGACGCGUUGAAACCAGCAGAUUCAACAGCGACUAGCCUGAAUAUGAAAUGUCUCGCGAGAUCAAUCAUUGAUGUAAACAAUUCGUUCUUGAACACAAGAGUUCUAACGCGCGCCAACGUUAUCAAUAUCAUUUCAUCGAAGGCGGAUCCUGCUGAAGAAGUCUUUGACAAAUACACGGCAGCACUUGGAGUUCCCAUGGAGAAGGUUUCACUCAUUGACAUGUCUCAUAACGAGUUGAACGAGGAACCUGAAGGGUAUGCUCCGUACGAAGGCUUUCAAACCAAGAGAAUUUCAUCUUUUCCCUGGCAGAACGAUAAGCUAUCUCGCUUCAACACAACCCGCGGAUUCGGCUGGAUUACUGAGCACGAUACCAUGAUUAAAUGGCUGAAGUCUUGGGGUCUCGCUCUUCUGCAUAUUCACGGCACCUCCAACAUUUCUAACGUGGCUCAGCAUGUCACGACCUUCCGAGCCAUUCUCUACUUCAAAUUCGACAAAUACGAUAUCCGCCGGAAUUCCAUCGGGGCCAUGGCAAACUCCUUCUUGCUCCAGAUUCUCAACAUAGAACCGCCUGAUUUCUCAAAUUGUUGGACUGAUAAUGAUGCCUUCUUCUUUUUGGAAAAGCUUAUGAGGGAUAUAACAACCCAAGGCGAAAUUCACUGGAUCAUUGAUGGGCUCGAUCAGUGUGAUGACAGCAGUGGUUUGUUCUUGUCCAUGCAUUUCAAGAUUCUGGUGACGACCGUUGAUGAGAGUCAGAUACGCGGGGCUCUAUCGGAGUUUCCUUCAAUUGACUUGAGAGAGCACCCGCCGACAGCUGAUGUUAUCGAGAGCAUUGUGCUGGAAUUCAUGACUGAGCUGUGCCACGUGCGGCCGCAAUAUCGCCACGUUGAGCAAGAAAUACGACAAUUAUUGGGUUCCUGCGGUGACGAUGACUUGCUGCGCCGCUUCCUUCUCGAAUGGCUCCUCGUAGCCCCUUGUCUCACAUCUCUUGCACCUCUUUCACCGGCCAAGAUAUUCGAAAGAUGCUUGCAGGCGGUGCCGGAGCACUCGCGACCGUGGGCCCGAAAAGUCUUGAUGUGGAUGGUGCUGUCUUUUCGACCGUUGACUCCUGAAGAACUGGGAAGUGCACUCAGCCUCGGUACCUCAACGGACCCGGGGCCUGAUCAGGAGACAUAUGGAUAUCUCAUGUGGGAUAUUGAAAGCUGUCUUGGACCUAUGAUAAUACUAGAGAAUGGUCACGUUCAAUUUCGCCAUCCAGCUGCUCGGGACUUCUUGAUGACUAGCCAUGAGGCUUCCGACAGAAACCAGCCUUGGUACGCUUGGAACUCUUCGGUAGAAGGCCAUCGAGAGAUCACCGACGCUUGUGUUGGAUAUCUCACCUUGUCUUCUACCCAAGGCAAGAUCCUAGCAGCUUGCCGAACAUAUAUUACACCAUAUGCUGUCGAAUUCUGGCCACUGCACUACCAACGAGGUCACUCAUCAGCAUCUCCAAAGAUAGAAUCUUCCAACAUCGCAAGCUUCUUCAACGACGAGACAGCACCCCGGCGUUGGGCUGCAGCCAGAUGGUAUCUUUCGAAUCCUCACAUCAGGUCCGACCGAGUCUUCCUGUCACAUUUACCAAUAAUGGCGUCUAUAGGCGACGACGACUCUUGCGGUAUUUCUCAGGCACUGAUUGAGGCAUCGAGGUACGGGCAUAGCGAUGUUGUCAAGUUACUACUCAAGAAGUCAAUGAUAAGCGAAGAUAUCUGCCUCGAAGCUAUACUGGCCGCAGGACGGUCGGCAGAAUUGAACACACUGGCUAAGUGGCCUGGCACGCUUGCUUCACGACUGGCCUAUCUCGGUUCAUCUGAGCACUUAAAGACUAUCUUGCAGGCUGGAGCGGAAGCGAACUCGACAGAUCCAGAUUGUUCGCCACCUCUCCACUGCGCCAUCGUCAGAGACGAGACUGCAGCUUUCGACACCCUCAUAGAGCACGGAGCUGACCCUGCUUUCAUCAACUCCAACUGGGUAGACACACCGCCCAUAGUGGUAGUUGGCAAGUAUGGCCGAGCGAAGAUCGUCGACAGGCUUGCCAAAGCAUCACUCGUCGAAGCCCAGGACAAUAAAGGCAGGAACGCUCUAUGGUAUGCAGGAGGUAGAGGCCAUCACGUAGUGUUUCAAGCCCUCGUCAAAGCUGGAACGAACACAGAAGUCCUCACUGCCAACGUGAGGGAACUUCGACCUGCCCUGAUUCCCAUCUCAGGGGCUCCCUACCCAAAGUGCCUCCAGUCAGUACUUGAUGCUGGCUUGGAUAUCAAUUCAAAGUUGAGAGAAGCCCACUCAUUCCAUGCCUUGGGCAUAGCAGCACGGUCGGGCCACGUAAAGAUUUGCCGUAUGCUGCUUGACCACGGCACGUGUAAAGAGUUCGAUGACGAUUCUGCUCUCAUUCACGCUACAAGAGCGAAUAAUAUUGAGAUAGUGAACAUGCUGCUUGAAGAGGGUCACAAAGUUGAUGUGCAGCUGGACGAUUCCCCAGAUCAUGGCACGCCUCUCGUGGCGGCUGCCAGAGCAGGGUAUCAAGACAUAGUUACAGCUCUCCUACAGAAGGGAGCCAGCGUCAACUACGCUGCUCCCAAAGAAAUCACGCCUUUGAAUUCCGCCGUCCUGGGAGGCCAACCGACAAUAGCCAAGACGUUCAUUGAUGCUGGGGCGGAUAUGAAUGCCGUUAGCGACAUAGGACGCUCAGCAAUCCACUCGAGUUACCGUCGCCCAGAGUGCAUGAAGGUUUUAAUUGAUGCCGGAGCCGACAUCAACUUACCGAGUUCAGACGGCACGUCUUUUUACCUCGCCUCGUUUUUUAACCAGACAAAUGUAGUUGAGUUGCUUCUUGAACACAAUCCAGAUCUUGAAACCAGGUGCCCCGAUGGCGGCUUUAUUGACGCGGGCUAUACGCCUCUUCAUUGUGCAGCAUCCUUUGGCUACAAUGAGCUACUCCGGCUGUUGUUGGAAAAGGGUGCUGACAUUGAGGCAAAAACUCCAAAAGGUGGAACACCUCUCAUCCUUGCCGUGGCCACCAAUAACGAAGAGAGUGUCAAGAUCCUGCUGGAGUACAAGUUGGAUAUCGACUCUAGAGACAUAGGGGAAGGAUCUGUCAUGUUCUGUCUUCCAAAUCCUGCAAAUCUAUCUGUCGUCAGACGCCUGAUAAACCGCGGUGCUAGUUUGACAAUCCGGAACAACGAAAAGUAUACCCCACUGGGACGAGCCGUCGUGAACGGAGACCUUCCAUUGGUACGAAUGCUUUCUUCUCAAAAGGUUGACUUGAACGCGGUGGCUGCUAAAAACGGGACUGCUCUGCACAUCGCAACAGAGACAUGUAAUGUUGACAUCGUCAAAGUGCUCGUCGCGAAGGGCGCCAGUCCUGAUGUUGCCAAUACCUGGAUGUAUGGCUCGCCACUACAGAGGUUGUUCGAGAAGUAUUAUACUUCUGCCGAGAACAAGGAUGUAAUUGCCCGAUACCUGAUAAAUGACGCUGGCGCCGACGUCAAUGUUCAUGGUGGAAAUAUGGGAUCAGUCUUGAAUGCAGCGAUCCUGACUGGUUCUAUAGACACGAUCAAACUCAUUCUCGAGAAAGGUGCUGAUAUUGGCUGGCAAGACCUCCACGGGCGACGGCCGAUACACUACGCAGCCUUGAAAACAGCUGAGCAUUUUAGACUACUGCUCGAAUCAAGUGGCGAUGAUGAAGAACGUCUUGGCAUCACUACGAAGACCAAGUCUGGCUUGACAGUGCUACAUUUUGCUGUAGCAACGGAAAGAUCUGAUCUUGUCGAGUUGGUGCUCUCUCAUACAAAUGGGAUAAUAUCUAUCAAUGAGCCUGAUGAUGAUGGCUGGACGCCUCUGCUCUGGGCAUGUCGCUUAUGUGAAAGUUGGGGCACGCCCAAGGAAAUCAGCCCCGAAAUCGUGAAACUUCUUCUGGAUCGUGGAGCAGACCCAUCGGUUCGAGGUCGGACCUCUGAUGACAGAGAAUGGUCGCCACUCAAGAUGGCCAGAUUCCAUGGCGCAUCGCAGGAAGUGGUAGAGUUAUUAACAGCGAGUCCUAGUAAGAAAAAGGAAGACGACUGGAAGUCCAAGUUCCAUGUUUCCAAGAAGGCAGCGCGAACUACAGGGUUCUGCGACUUGUGCCUCCGUCACGUCUAUGGCAUCUUAUACUUCUGUAACGGUUGCGAACUCUCGUAUAGCUUGUGUUUCAAGUGCUAUCGCUAUAGAGAGGAGAUUCAUCCGUACCACGAUAAAUGGGAGGAGCGAGGUCCAGAGUUUGUUGAUGAUGAUGAAGAGGAGGAGGAGAAAGAUGAAGAAGAGGAUGACCCGAAGAGUUCACCAGGGAUUGAGCAGGUGCAGGAUGAUGAUUCAGAGGGAGACUGGUCGAAUGAUGAAGCUGAGGGGGAUGAAAGGGCCAAGGGAGAGAGUAAAUAAACCUGGAUGAACCUUGGUCGGUAUAAUCAUGAUCGUGUUUCGCUUAGAACAAGCUUUGUCUCGGAUGCUAUAGCAGCAUUGUUUUCUGAUAAAUGCCCUGAAAAACUGUGAUUAUAAUGGCAGCAGAAUAUCUUAAUAUAAGAUAACCAGUCCUCAAAGAGCA